AUGCUUUUAGGUGUUGAAAAUUUGGUGAUUAUAGGUUCAGGACCUGCUGGUUACACAACAGCAAUCUACGCAGGUCGUGCCAAUUUGAAGCCUGUAGUGUUCAAAGGAUAUCAAAUAGGCGGUGCAAUCUAUGAUGGAGCUACAAGGGUGACUGCCAAAAGGCUUAAAUUACCUCGUGAAGAUGAGUUCUGGAGUACGGGAAUUAGUGCAUGUGCAAUUUGUGAUGGAGCUUCACCAAUUUUUAAGGGUGAAGUUCUUGCUGUUGUUGGAGGAGGUGAUAUAGGAACUGAGGAAGCAAUAUAUUUGACUAAAUAUGCAAGACAUGUACAUUUACUUGUACGCAAGGAUCAAUUAAAGGCCUCACGAGCUAUGCAGGACAUAGUUUUUGAUAAUCCAAAUAUCACUGUGCAUUUCAACACAGAGACAAUUGAUGUUGAAGCACUUGUUAAAGAUGGACUUCUUGAUAAGCUAAAAACUGGACCUCUGGGCCAUUGUUGGCUUUUUUUUGGUGUUCAUGUGAAGGCUGAUGAUGUAUUAAGCCGAGUGGAAGAACUUCAACUCCUUGAAAAACGAGGUAAAGCAAGCUCCAUGGUGGUAGUUGCCCUUGGGCCUAAACCAGGGUGGGAGGUGAUGGUGAUGGUGGUGAUGUGGGCCGGCUCCACAAACUUGUUGGUUUCCAGGAGAAGCUUUCAGGUGUUGGUGUCAAGCAUGUUGGCAAUACAAUGUGGAGUACCCUCUUUCAUCAACUCUUGA